AACAACGGCAGCUUUUACCAGCACGUCGGCGUCGUUCCUGAGCUUGUUUAAGCGCAACAAGUGGUUCGUUUUGAUUCAUUCAGGAGUAGCAGCGGUGAAAGUUGGGAAAGUAUCGCGGCUGCAGGGAGCUGGAGAUCAUGGGCACGCUGAGGGACCUACAGUACGCGCUACAGGAGAAGAUAGAGGAGCUGAGACAGAGAGAUGAACUCAUUGAUGAACUGGAAUUGGAACUGGAUCAGAAAGACGAGCUGAUCCAGAAGCUGCAGAAUGAAUUGGAUAAAUAUCGCUCAGUAAUCAGACCAGCAUCUCAGAGAGCGCAGAAAGCCUGUGAGCUACAGGAACAUCAGCGCACCAAGAGACAGGCGAUCUCUGCUGAACCCACCGACUUCCAGCAGCUCAGCCAUGUAACGCUACCCUUCUAUAAGAAAAGCACAAAGUCCAAGGACCUAAUCAAAGAAGCCAUCUUAGACAAUGACUUCAUGAAGAAUCUGGAGCUAUCGCAAAUCCAGGAGAUAGUGGACUGCAUGUACCCUGUGGAGUAUGGCAAAGACAGCUGCAUCAUUAAAGAGGGAGAUGUGGGCUCUCUGGUCUAUGUCAUGGAAGAUGGAAAAGUGGAGGUAACAAAAGAAGGUUUAAAGCUAUGCACCAUGGGACCUGGGAAAGUGUUUGGAGAGCUUGCCAUCCUUUAUAACUGCACCCGGACGGCUACAGUGAAGACUCUAACUAAUGUGAAGUUAUGGGCCAUCGACAGACAGUGCUUUCAGACCAUCAUGAUGAGAACCGGACUGAUCAAGCACGCAGAGUACAUGGAGUUUCUUAAAAGUGUUCCAGCAUUCCACAGUCUUCCAGAAGAAAUACUUAGCAAGCUGGCUGAUGUCCUAGAGGAGACACAUUAUAUGGAUGGCGACUACAUCAUCAGACAGGGGGCCAGGGGAGACACCUUCUUCAUCAUCAGUAAAGGAAAGGUGACUGUGACCUGUGAGGACCCUUCCAGUCAGGAGACGGUGUACCUGCGCUCUCUGGGCAAAGGAGAAUGGUUUGGUGAAAAAGCCUUGCAAGGUGAGGACAUCAGGACAGCCAAUGUGAUUGCUGCAGAAACUGUUACCUGCCUUGUUAUUGACAGAGAAUCAUACAAGCACCUUAUUGGAGGUCUGGAAGAUGUGUCCAGUAAAGAAUCUGAAGAUGCGGAGGCCAAAGCAAAGUCUGAAGCAGAGAGUUCAUUCUUUUAUAACCUGCACCUGUCAGACUUCAACAUCAUAGACACUCUUGGAGUUGGAGGAUUUGGACGUGUUGAGCUGGUGCAGCUGAAGAGUGACGAGUAUAAGACGUUUGCUAUGAAGAUCUUGAAGAAGCGUCACAUUGUGGACACUAGACAACAGGAGCACAUCCGGUCUGAAAAGCUCAUCAUGCAGGAAGCUCACUCAGACUUUAUUGUCAGGUUGUACAGGACAUUUAAGGACAAUAAAUACCUGUACAUGCUAAUGGAGGCGUGUCUGGGAGGAGAGUUGUGGACCAUCCUUAGAGACAGGGGUUCUUUUGAUGAUUCUACUACGAGAUUCUAUACUGCAUGUGUAGUGGAGGCUUUUGCCUACCUACAUUCCAAAGGCAUUAUUUACAGAGACCUCAAACCAGAAAACCUGAUACUGGACCACAUAGGUUAUGCCAAACUGGUGGACUUUGGAUUUGCUAAGAAAAUUGGAUUUGGGAAGAAGACAUGGACGUUCUGUGGUACGCCGGAGUAUGUGGCACCAGAGAUCAUCCUUAACAAAGGCCAUGAUAUCUCAGCAGACUACUGGUCCCUUGGCAUCCUUAUGUAUGAACUACUAACUGGCAGCCCUCCUUUUUCAGGCCCUGACCCCAUGAAGACUUACAACAUCAUUCUAAGAGGCAUUGACAUGAUUGAAUUUCCAAAGAAAAUCACAAAAAAUGCUGCCAAUCUUAUUAAAAAGCUAUGCAGGGACACUCCUUCAGAGAGACUAGGAAACUUAAAAAAUGGUGUCAAAGAUAUUCAAAAGCACAAGUGGUUUGAAGGCUUUAACUGGGAGGGUUUACGAAAGGGAACACUGACUCCUCCAAUCAUCCCCAGUGUCACAUCAGCCACAGACACAAGUAAUUUUGACAGCUUUCCUGAGGACAAUGAAGAGCCGCCUCCUGACGAUAACUCCGGCUGGGACAUAGAUUUCUAAAUCUGUACCCAAACACUGGCUCACAUUAGCACAUUCACACCAAACUAAAGACCUGCUGCACUGUUGCUUGGAACAGAGCUGCUUCUUUUGGACGGACUCCAUUAAAGACUGCCUGAGGAGAGAGGACAGACAGAGUGGAAGGAUAAAAAAAUGUUUGUUUUAGGCUUGACUGUUAAAGUACAGAAAUAAUAGCUUCUAUGGACUUAAGAUAAUUGGUAUUGCAGAGCCUUCACUCCAGACAAUGGGGGGAGUAAUAUGUUCAGGUGUGUGUGAAUGAACCUGCUGUAAAUCUGUCUUAUCAUAGGAUAUCAGAGAUACCAUGUUGUA